AUGACCAACGGUUCAAUUUUGGGUCCGAAAGAAGAAGGUGACGAAGUGGAUCUGGUUUGUGAAGCCGGUAGCGGAAAACCCAUCCCUAGAGUAAGCUGGUAUAAUGGAUCGACGUUGAUUUCUAGAGCUAAAAACGAGCCUGCGAAAGGAAUAAUUGGAUUCUAUUUCCGGUUGCAACUUCGCCUAGCUGUUAAUUUCCUAAUUGGUUUAGCCCAAGUUUUUGAAGCCGGAAAGUUAGCUGAUGCCGCGCAAAGAAAAUUUUUAACGCCAAACUUUUGCCAACGGCUCUAA